UUUUAAAUACUUCCUCAUUGUCGCUAUUAAAACAUACAGUGAAACUGUGUUUCUAAUAUUUUAUUUGUUUGUUAUAGAUUUGUUCAGAUCUAGUAAUGGACCAAUGGAAAAAUUUCCUGAGGACAUUAUUCGGGCAGAAACAGCAGUGGGUGGUGAUAUAGAGAUUUUGACAAGAGAUGAAUUUCAGAAAGAUUUCAAAAAGAAGAAAGCAUAUGAAGGUCUAUUUGGCAGUACUUCCAAAACCCCCAGCUCAGGAAAAAAGAGCAAGGGUAGAGGACGAUCUGCAGAACCACGAACACCGGUUAGAAAGCUCACGGAAAAAACAGAUUACAAAGUGCAUAUUUUAGUACAAGGCUCAUCUACACCUCCCAAACUAUCAGAGGCUACUAGAACUUCUGAAAGUGGCAUAGAAGUUGAUCCCGUACAAGACACAAAAGAAACUGAGCAGAUAGCAGAGAAUCCUCCUCAAACACCAGACAAACUUACUGUUAGUACACCAGUGGUAUCCACUCCUGGUAUCUACUCAUGUCAUGCAUGUUCAUUUUCAACAUCACGUCUUAAUGUUUUAAUUUUACAUAAUAAAACGCACAGUGUAACCUUUAUGCCAUAUACACCAGCAAAGAAAAAAGUAAAACCGAUAAACAAAUCUACCCCAAGUACAUCAAAGUCACCCAAAGCCCCGCGACCGCGUAAAGAGAAGCCUGCUAAAACUUCAACAAAACCAUCCCAUGGACAAAAACGUGCCAGUGAUGAUUCUAAACAUGUUUCCGAAACUAAAAAGCUAAAGACCGAUCAAGAAAUUAAGAGUAGUCUAUUGGCUGACUGGGAUGAUGUGGAGGAAGAAGAAGAAGAAUCAAACGAUGGUGCGGUGACAGCUGUGGCCGCAUCACCCGAAGUGCCCGAAGUAGCAGCUGAGUCACCAGUAGUACCUACUGCUGCGGAAUUGCCUACUGCACGACUCCCGUUGGAGAUGCCAUCUCCCAUAAAUAAGAAGCCUGAGGAAACGCCCGUCGAAAAGUCAGAAUCAACUAGCGAUUCUAAAUAUGAAUUCUGUGAAGAUGAAGAUUGGCCACUUGAAGCCGAUGCAGGUAGGAAGAUACCUCGUGUUAAGAAUCCUUCAAAACGGAAAGACGACACCAAGAGUCUCAGUUUGGACGACGACGAUAUGGCUAGGGAAGUUGCCGAACUGCUCAACAAGACUACAGUUCCUGAGCUGCCGUCUGUGCCAGAACCUUUGAAAGUAGAGGAAAAUUUUCCUGAGCCUUCGAUUGUUAAAUCUCCAGAUAAACAAAUAACUAAAUCGCCAGAACCAAGCCGAGGUGUUGAAAAAUCUGUGACUGAACCUCAACUUACUAAAGCUAUUUUCAAAACGAAAACGUUUUUUCGUAGUCGACACUCCAGGAGUCAAGACGCCAUAGGCAAAUAUGUUGCGGAACAAUUGAAUGCUGUGGAACGAAUGGACAUGUCGGAGAAUGAAAUCAAUGGUUCCGAUGCCGUGUCAUCGCCAGAAGCUAGAGAAUCGCCGCCAAUCGAGCAUGUUAAAGUUGCACGACUAGCACCUAAAAUACAACUCAAGAAAAUGAAAGCGGAGGCUGCUCAAUUACGUGAAAAAGAAAAAAUUGCAAUGGAGACAAUACGAGAGGACACGUGUAUCGAAAACCCAAACAGAAAUGAUGAAAAUACCUCUAAUGCAAUAGUGAAUACAGAAUCUAUGCAGUCAAGUGAAACUAAUGAAAGAAGUGUACCAUCUAGUCCAAAAGACGUUCUUUACCCCACACAAGAAAUAAAACCAAUUAAUGAACUAUUUUAUGAAGAAACCAAAACUUUAAAAGGUGCUCCUAACCCUCCUUCUAAAGUAGAAAAAGUGACUAAAAGUGAUGAUAUUGGAAAUAACGACAAUUUUGCAGAAGAAAUAAAUGAAUCAAAUACCAAUGAUGUUCAAGAUAGUGCAAAAGUUAGUGAAAGAGUCCAGUUCACUCCUGAAGAAAGCAUCUCUCAACCUGCCUUAGAAAAGUUAACAGAAAAAAUAAACCAACCUUAUAUGAACGAAUCCACUGCUUCAGCUGUAGAUGCCCUGUUAAGUGUUUCACGUGAUCCUGAUAGAGUUACUAAAAUUAUAAGCGACGAUCCUCCAGAAGAUUUGUUUGAAGAUGACAUUAAAGACAAUGCAACAAAUAAUGUAAAUGGAAAUAUAAUUGAUCAUAAUAAAUUAAGUGAAACAUGUAAGUUGGACUAUCCAGAAAUAGUUCAAGAAAAUGUAAAUUUGUUAAUAGAAAAUAAUGUGGAAAGUAAUAAUGAAUCUGAAAUUGUUCAAAAUAUUCAAGAAAAGUUAUCAAAUAACGCUAAUAAUGAAGUUUUUAUUGAAACAGAACAAGUUAAUGUUGAAUGUUCUUCAGAAAUUGUUGCUGAAAGUGUACCAUCUGAAUCCGACUUGCAAAUAGCUGAAGCUCUGAUUAACUUGCCUGCAACUGCAAUACAUAACAAAAAUAUGGAAUGUAUUAAUGUUUCAACUCCCAUGGAAAACAUUCAAGUUCCAGCUUCUAUAGAAAAUAUUCAAGUUCCUACUUCAGUAGAAAAUAUCCAAGUUUCAACUCCUAUGGAAAGUAUUCAAGUCCCAGCUCCUAUUGAAAGUAUUCAAGUUCCAACUCCUAUGGAAAAUAUUCAAGUUCCAACUUCUAUUGAAAAUAUUCAAGUUCCAACUCUUAUUGACAGUAUUGAAGUUCCAACUACUGCAGAAAAUAUAGAAGUUCCGACUAUCACUGAAAGUGAAGAUAAGAAAAUGGAAGAUGUUGUAAUUGAUAAUAAUAUUUAUGAAGCAAAAUCUGAAACUACCGUUUUAGGAACAGUAGAACAUUCUUUGAUUACUGAUAACGAAAAUAUCAAUAUCCGGUUUGAGACAGAACAAGAGAAGAGUGAGAAUUUAAAUGCAGCACAGUCAUUAGUACAAAUGUCAGAAUCAGUAGAUCAUAAAUUAAAUAUAAUUGAGAGUAACAUUAAUACUCCAGAGAUAUCAAAAUCAGAGUCAGUCAACAUUAAACAAAACAAUGGUAUAGAUAAAAUAAAUACAGUUGAACAAAAUGUAGCAUCGUUAUCUAGUGAUAAUAGUAACGAUUUAACUAAUACUAAAUCUGUUAAAUAUGAGACAACUUCGUCAAAACUAUUAAAGAUAUUGGAAGAACCAUGUGCACCAAAAAUGAUUAAGAAAACUCCCACUAAACAAAUAUUAAUUCCAGGAAAAGAGAAGAUUCUGAAUUUUGAUGUUGCUAAACAAUCACUGAAAGGAAAGUCUCCUGUUAUUAUACGACGUGCUGCCGGAAAUAAAACUUUGAUAAACAACCUUAACGAAAUAGCCACCUCUGAGAAAAUUGUGUUGUCUCGAAGUAAUAAACCUCAACAAGACAGUUCGUCAGUGCAAACUUAUACUAUACAAAGUUCUCCAGAUACACCGUCAGACACAAACACUAUUACAAUUAUUCAGCAAAAGGUUAGAAAAGUACAAAAAAUGCCAACGAAAAUGCAAAAAAGCAGACCUCCAAAUUCACUUAUAUCACAAUUAACAGAUACAAAACAACCUAAAGAGACCAUACCGUCAGAUGAUACUGUAUUUGACAUAAACUCGAUGCCAAUAGUUUUGUCUGAAGAGCUGUUGACUCCAGAAAGCAUAGAUAAAAUGCCAAUCGUAAUGUCAGAUGGAAACUUGAUAACGAAUUCACCUACGCCACCCAAACUCGUUAAAACAAAACAAACUGUAGUUGAAUCAGAAAAAUUAGUGAUAAGUGCUGGCGCAAGUAAAUCUGAAUCAAAAACUUUAUUGGUGAAUCCGAUUAAUGAAGUUAAUAAAGUUUCUACCACCCCAAAUAUCUUAUCUAAAUCAUCAAAACUGCGGGGCGCAAAACCAAUGCUAGUUAUAGAUAAAUCUACAGGCAAACAAAAAAUUAUUAUGACUAAAUCUGAACCUCCAUUGAAAGAAAUGAAACAGGCACCAACGUUAAUCCAACCUGUUACACAAAAUACAAGCAAAGCUGAAAAGUUCAUUUUAUUACCAACUGCUACUACACCUCGUCAGGGACGUACUCAGAAAAUCGUUAUAGAUCCACAAACGGGCAAAGCGCACGUUUUAGUAGCAAAAACUCCAGACACAUCUAUGAACGUCAAUGACAAUAAACCUGUGUCGGCAAAAUUAAUACCAUCCUCAUCGGAUGCAAGUGGCCUUGGUAAUACAGUUAUGAUUAUAACUAAUGCUCAAGGAGCACAGUCUAGGAUAGUUUUAACGUCGGAACAUGAAAAAAUCUUGUUCCCAAAUAAACAGCAACCACAAACUCCAUCACAAUUAAAAACUAUAACACAUAGGAUAUCGACGAACGUCGGCAAUACUCAAAAACAAAUGGUUUCUUCGGGACCACAGGGUAAAACACAAACUAGAAUUGUCCCGAAACAGAAAAGCGCCAUCAUCACAUCAAAAGGUCAAUUAAUCGUCGGAGGUCGUGUGGCGACUACCGCUCAAAACAUAGCUCCGAUGCCCGAGAUACGACCUCUCACCAAACGGAUCGUUUCUUCUGAACCCAAAAAGAUUUUACAUACCGUUCAAAAGACAUCACCAGAGCCGUUAAUAUUAUUACAACAAAAAUCUGGAACCGUCGUACAGCUCACGCAAUCACAGUUCGAGCAAAUACAGAGAUCCGGUCAUUUCAUACAAAAAAUACCUGUGCCCGUAGAGAACAAACCCGUCUUUCAGAAGACGAUCACGAUCACCCCCGGUGAACCGGUGCCGAAUAUUGUUCAUAAAAGGGUAAGAAAAACCGCGUCUGAUUCGUCGAUGCCAACGAAAAAAGUCAAACAAGAGAUAGCGAUCGCUCCGGCGCCCGUUCCUGUCGUUUCGCCGCCAGCUCUCACUCCUUUAUCCAACGACGUCGUAACUACCAUAGGACCGUCCAUAUCGAACACGGUUUCUGUAACAACAACUGCUCCCUACGAGGAUUUGGAUAAUAUCGAAGAGAUGCUGCCGUCGACGGCUAUCGUUCGCCAGCCAGAACUCAUUGUACAGCGGCCAGUCUUAACGCCUGCAGUUGCGCCGCCACCUGUAGUAGUGCCUCCUGUAGUGACUCCGCCGGUAAUAUCGCCGCCGGAACCGGCGCCGCCACCUGCCGCUCCUCUGGCUGACGGCCAGCUGCUUGCUGUGCCCGGCGAACAUUUCGGCGGACCUCCAGGUUCCUUUUAUCUCUGUGUGGAAGACAACGGAACUCUUACUCCUAUCGACAAUCGACCGUUGGUCCUCGAAAACAAUCAGCUCGUCCCUAUGGCCGUUGAGCCUUUGCCUAUUCUCGCUCCACAACCGGAGCGAAGGGACAUCUUGGAAGCGGCGCUUGCUAACAGCGAUGUGUUUCACGCAGAUCCUCCUAGAGACGAAGCACCAGAUUUCAGAGAUCUGAAUGCCAACGUGUCAGUGCAUUGUCGUGUAUCGGAAACUAGCACCACGCUGAAUCAACCUAUAAUGACACCAGUCGAGGUGCCUUCCAAGGUGGACUGUGAACCGACGACGGUCGCUUCAAAUAUAGAGGACGGUCUGGCCGUCAUAGGCGUCACGCCUCAUGCGAUCCCGACAUCUCUAGAAUUGCCGAUCACGGUGACCGACCCUAGAAUUGCCCCCAAGACGACCGAUCCGCUCAGCGGAACGAAUUAUGGUACGUCACUGUUGCAAUCCCCUAACACCGAAAUGACUUUCGUUACUACCGAAGACGUGGACGUUCCCGUGAUGAGUGGUCCUAUUUCCAUGCCUUUGCUCACAGACGAUGACGCAGUUGGCAAAUCGAUGCCAAUUUUGACAGAUGACGUUGUAGAGCGCGCCGUGUCCUCUGUGGAGUCGACGAUCGGUUCGCCUUCGUCGAUCGACGUCCGGGAGUCUGAAAUGGAAGAUGGAACGCAAUGGUCUCGUAGAUUGUUAACUCCGGGCUCGGACACUUCAGAAACUUCAUCUGAAAUCCCGUUGCAACCUGCUAUACAACUGUCCGUGAGUGAUAUAUCUCGGCACAGCUAAAUGUGCGAAACCGUAUUCUGUUGCAGUUUUUCUCUUUUAAUUUUUUUACAUUAUUUUAAAAUGUGCAAUAGAAUAAGUUUUAUCUUGUCUGUCAAUGUUCUUCGAUGUAACUGAAUGUCAUAUUCGGAAAAUAAUUAUGAUUUAUCCAAUGUUUGAUUCGUUAAAUAUUUCGCUUAUCGUAAAGAGUAAAGAUGUGUACGUUUGAAACGUAUACAAAUAGAAUUGUACAUAAUUUAAUAAGAGAUUGCUAAAAAGGGGUGUAUGAUCUCUCCUCAGUUUGUCGUGCGGUAAUUACAAUGCAUUGCAGCAUUACGUUAUUAUAGGUUAAGGGAUUACAAUUGUAAAUUUAAAUUGAAUUAUGAUAUUGUUGGAUCAUAACUGUAAUAUAUGAAAAUUUAGGUAUAUGAUAUUUUUAUAACGUCUGAAAUGUUUGGCAUAUGUGUACCUACUCUACGAAUUUGUACAUGAAAAAUUUAUCUCGUGUCUGCUAUUAGAAUGGAAAGUAAAAGCUGAAAACUUUGUGAUGCGGGAACAUCAACUCUAUAGUGAACAACAUAUUGACUUUAUCAAAAUGUAGUUUUAAUGUUAAGUACAAUAUUGUUGCAGUAACUUUUAAAUAUAUGUCUAAGGCACAUAUUGGUUUGUUCGUAUGAUCUACUUCGGAAUAUAGAUCGGACUAUGGAGUCGUUAGUGAUUAACCUCUGUGUAGUUUUAUUAAAUAAACUUUAAUCUAAAUCUG